GCCGAGUCAGACGCGCGGAGACCGCCGCCGAGUAGUGUAACCUCGCAAUACGAGAAUUAAAAAUUCGCUGUCCCUCACUCGUCUCUCGCGAUCGAAAAACCGUCUGAAAAAUAUCGUUAAAAAAUUGCAAACCCUCACUUGAAGUGUCGAUACUCAACGCGAGUGAUAAAUGUCGCGUGUUUUCGGAUAAAAAAGUGAAUUUUCGUUGUGGUGAGAAGAAGUUUUCGUGCGUUUACUCGAGUGAAUCAAAUUGCAGGAUAAUUUCCUUUCAUCUCGUCAUUUUGGAGCUGCGGAUCUUGAACGCCUGAGAAAAUGAGCUGUAUGUCGAGGUGCGCCAAGUACUUCCUGUGCUUCUUCAAUUUUGUCUUCUUUCUUGCUGGUGGUGCAGCACUCACAGUAGGAAUAUGGCUACUAGCAGACAGGACAUCAUUCACCAAUCUCUUCGCAAAAAUGGACGGAGGAGACUUAUUGACAAGAACUGAUGGUGAUGUCAUAAAGAUGAUCGCCUACAUCCUCAUUGUUGCAGGUGCACUGACGUUCAUCGUCAGCUUUUUGGGCUACUGCGGUGCCAUGUUUGAGUCCAGGUGUCUUCUCUGCGUGUAUGGAAUCCUCAUUCUCAUCGUUCUCGUCCUGGAAUGUGUGGUGGUUGGUCUGGCAUUCGGUCUUAAAGGAGACGCCGAGAGGAGCACAAAAGAUUUCCUCAAGUCGACGAUAAAGUACUACAAUUCGAAUGAAGAUAAAACUGAGGCUGUGACGGCUGCGUGGGAUGGGGCUAUGAUUCAGUUGAAAUGCUGUGGUGUCGAGAAUUACAGAGAUUUCCAGCAGAAUCGAGACUGGACAACCACUGGAAAAAUGAUUCCAGAGGCUUGCUGCAAGCGAGGCGAAGAUGGCGUUCUCGAGGAUCUUUCCUGCCCAUUGAGCCCAUCGGAGUCGAAUUCUUAUUUCCAAACUGGCUGUUACGAAGCAGUUUCCCGGGCAAUUGAGAAGAACAUUGGAAUAAUCAUCGGUGUGGGAGUGUCUCUCCUGUUCGUCGAGCUGCUCGUCACAAUCCUAGCCCUGUACCUCGCCUGCUGCUACUGGCGUCCACAACAUGCUUGCGUAGACGUCUCGUCGAGGCAGGCCUGGUGAAUGGGGUGAUGGUGCUUCCGGUGAAGUAUAAGACCCCGAUUACCCCCACUCACAAUAAACCAAGAAUACCUGUAGAAAUGAUUUUUUCAACAAAUUAUUUUUCGAUAAUUUUGAGACUCCUGUGACCUUUAUUUUCCCUCACACGUUGGAUUGAGAGACUCAUUUUUAAAAAUGAGAUGAUGGUGUCAAUUAGCAAUUGACCUUAAAAACUACUGGGGACGUCUCGACUUGACAUCAGAGUCGCCGUGCCUACGAGACAUGAAAUUUUGUGGGAAUAUUGGUUGUCGAAGUCAAUUGCACUAAUUUUCAACGAAAACGAUCUUUGGGAAUUUUUUUUUAUGCCGAUGCAUGAAUUUUAGUUUUUUAUUUUGUGUGAAAAAUUCUAAUGCAUCGAAAAAAUUAAGAAUAAUGAGGAGCAAGUGCCAAAACGUAUUGAGUCAAAUGACUUAUUAAUUUAGUGAUUGAAUGCCGUAGAACAUUGACUCGUUACGUUUUAUCAUUCAACUGAGGAUUAUUAUCAGUUUAUCUCCUGGGAAUUUUUGAUUUUUUCACGCAAGAAACAGCUUUGAUCCUCAAUAACUGUCUUUCCUACAAUUUCCACAAGAUAUUCUUCAACUAGACAAACUGACAGUUUAAUGUACUACGAAUAAACCUGGUGUGAAUGUAGGAGUGGGCGGAAUUCGCGUCUCGGCGAGUGUAAUUGAUGCCGAUGAUCCAAUUAAGCUCAGGUUCAUUGGCUCACAGGGUAAAGCCUGUGGUUUCUCAAACGAGACCAGACACUCAUUCAUGAGAUAAUUUAUUUUUCAUUUGAAUUUUAAUGCACGAUCCAGAGACAUGACGGAUUUGAAUCAAAUAAAAUUCUUCAUUCGACAUUUUUACAUUCAUUUAAAUGCCAUUUUCGGUCGAAAUCUUUUGAUAAUAAAUUAUUUAAAUGAGAAAAACAAUUUAUUAUGCUGAAAUGAACGUUUUUAUUCAUUUUCUGACUCAUUUCAAGAAUAUUUUCAUUGGAAAUGACGCAACUCAUGUAUUUAUUGCAACGAAAAUAAAUAAUCAAUUAAUUCCAAACAAACCACUUCCCUGGGUGCAUUAAACUGUCAAAUUGCAUGAUUAAUAAUUAUCGCCAAAAACGUGAGAUCGAUUAUGCUCCAUUGAUUAAUCGACUAUUAAUCCAUUUGUGCAACUCAAUUGAAUUGUGUUCAUUAAAAUUGAGGGAAAAAACGGUAAUACCAAUAUGGGAGCGCGACGUGUGCUCCACAGAUGCAGACAAAUGUUAGAAAAAAAGGAACUGGUUCCACCACCGACCUUUUCACAAACCAACAAAAAUCACACACGUGUCCAAACUGCUUUUCUGCUACAAUUUCUCAAUUUCUGAUUGGGGAAAUAUCACGCGAUGUUAAUAGUCUUUUUUUUCGCUGUCUCUUGGUAAUCAGUUGGUUGCAGUUUUGGUGAUGGUUUUAUUUGGCACAAAUAAUUAUGUAAUUUAGUGGAAAGAAGAAAAUGGGGGUCUAAAGUUAUCAGAAUUCUUUUGAGGAUGAGAAUGCUACAUUUUUUUAUAAUGAUGAAUUUGUUCAAAGAAUAUUUGUUAUUUUCUUCUUCCACGAUUACAAAAUGAAUCUGUAACUUGAUAACAAUAAUAACACAAUAAUUUUCAGUACGUUAGAUCAAUUUUCUCGAGAGAAAUGAUCUUUUCUAUUUCUGUUUUAUUCGGUGGUGAAGAGGUCUUCGUUCAAAAUAUAUUUAAAACUAAUUUCCAUCGGUUUUUAUAGAAUAAUUGAACUGAAUAGGCUUUUGUCCUCGAUUUUUCGAUUAAAUUGUGAAUUUUCAAUGACGAAAAAUUUAAACCCUUCAAAUUCCCGAUCUUCACCACCGAAUUUUUUCAAUCAUAACGACAAUAGCACUCUAGAAAUUCUCAUUGCAGUGGUAACUUGUUGGUGCUGCUGCUGACGAGGCGUUAAGAGCAUGGAUCUGUUGAGUAGUGCCUCCUAGCAUUCGCACGUUCAAUCCGUAGAGGUCCUGUGCCUUGCUUGCUUGAAACGAAAAAUGAUAAACAUUUUUUUCAUCAUUAAUCCAAUCGAAACAAAAAAAACUGAAAAAUGCACAAAAUGCAAUGCGUGCGAUUCCCUGAAAAAUCAUCAAUUCAAGUCGAAAGAAAAACAACAAGGGAUCACGAAAGAUUGUACCUGCUGAGGCCAGAAGACAUUGGACACAAAUUUUCAAUUUUCUUCAUAAAAAAAAAAUAAAAUGUGCAGAUGUCACUGGCUUCAGCCAAUAAAUUCCCCAGGCAAUUCUACGUUCUGUAAAAAUGGUAAUGGUAAUUAUGAGGGAAUAAUAAAAAUACGAAAAACAGCAAUAAAUUAAUUGAGUCUCUUCUGCGUCAAAGACGGAUUAAUAUACAUUAUAAAAAAAUAAAAUACUCGAUCCAGAAGAUAUUCCAGUGGUGGGGAGAGACUCUAGGAGACUAAAAAAUGUUCAAUAUAGCUCCUUGUUAACGUAAAAAAUUAGCUAUUGUUGGAGGAAUCGAAAAUCUUUGUAGACUAUUUAGGAAGACAUUGAUUUUCUACGAAAUAAAUCUCUUUCUCUCGAAAAUAUUCCUGAAAUAGUCUGCGAAAUCGUUUCGAAUUUUUCCUUUUCCUCUAUCGUUCAAUCGUUUCUCUGCAUGCACUGCACUAUAAAUAUUGUAUUUAUUUAGCGAUAACAGUUACUACUCUAAUUGCUCCCUCGUUCCCCCUGUCUCAGUAUUUCGUGAUCGUACUCUCUAAGUGUACAGAAGAAAAAUAAAAUGUCUCUUUUGUAUUUUUCAUUCCUGUCUAGUAUUAAAUUAUAGCGAGCGAUUGGAUAUUUUCUGCUAUUGAACAUUGGUUCGUCAUUUUUUCAAAUUGUCAUGUUUUUUCUGUUGCGAUGAGCCUCAGAAAAUGAUUCUCAUAUCGAUCGACAAAAUGAUAGAAAUAAAAAUCACGUUUUACAAAUUGUUCAGUUGAUGUUUCUGUUGCACAAAUUUGUUAUUUUGUUUUUCGUAGUGUUGAGAAUACGAAGGCUUCACUAAUAAAUGAACAAAUAAUAUACGUGCUCGAUAUUUAUCGUAUAAAUGAAGGACAAUAGAGAAAUUCGAUCUCCAGAAUCUUUAGAUUGCGAGAAUGACUCAUUAUAAUUAACAAUUGAAAGUGGAAAUGAAGAUGAUACGAUUGAAGAACGGAAAUUCCACGGAUUUUGAGGCCGAUGAAAUGAUGAGUACAUAAUUGUUGUAAUUAAAGUGUCAGGAAGUUCUGCGCAUUUUGAGAAUAUAAAGAGAUAAAUUGAAAUAUUAUUCACUCGAAUGCAGAGACUGAUAUUCAGACCUAAAAAAAGAUGAAAAGUAAUUCAACGUUUGUGUAUAUAUUUGACACAAGAUUAAUCUAUUAUUAAUUAAUGAAAGAACUAUAAUAACAGUUUAUGAUAAGUCAUGAUUAAUGUAAUACGUAACUGCAGAUUUGAUGAUUUGUUAAUUAAGAGUAAUGAAUGUUUCAAUGUCUCUUCGUAAUGCUGUUCAACUUUCUUCCCUUAUUUUUUUGUUUGUAAAAAAUGUACACACAGAAAUGAUGAAUAAAAAAUUUUAUAUUAUUCUUAA